UUUGACAAGGGGACCUGCGGGCGGCUUCUGUCAGCAGCAGCAGCAGCAGCUCAGCGUUCAGCCUGUGUGGAGUCUUUUCUCAGCGGGUGAGAGGUUGUACAAUCCUCGGCAGUGUUCUGAGACUGUACGGCCCGAUCCCCCGGCUCAUUCACCGCCAGCCUGGACUAACUAAACGCUUCACAGGUUUAAUGACUUCAUCUGUCAGCGGGCUCCUUCUGACCUGCGCACGGUGUUAAACCUGCUUCUUUUUUUUUUUCCUCUCUCUCUCUUUUUUUUAAAAUACAUAUUUUGACUCUAAAGUUGGACUUUACUCAGCCUGUCGUGGAAACAGCACUGCGAAAAUAUGACAGCCGAUAAGGAGAAAAAGAGGAGCAGCUCGGAGCGACGUAAGGAGAAGUCUCGGGAUGCGGCGCGCUGCAGGCGCAGCAAAGAGACGGAGGUGUUCUACGAGCUGGCCCACCAGCUGCCUUUACCUCACAGCGUCAGCUCUCACUUGGACAAGGCAUCCAUCAUGAGGCUGGCUAUCAGCUUCCUCCGUACACGCAAGCUGCUCGCCAUAAGCUGCAGCAGCAGCAGCGGCGGCGAGGACAAUGGACAGAUGGACAGUCUGUACCUGAAGUCUCUCGAGGGCUUCGUCACCGUGGUAACGUCAGAUGGUGACAUGAUCUUCCUGUCCGAGAACAUCAACAAAUUCAUGGGACUCACGCAGGUGGAGCUCACUGGUCACAGCAUAUUUGAUUUCACCCACCCGUGCGACCACGAGGAGAUCAGAGAAAACCUCAGUCUGAAGACGACUGGAAGUGGCUUCGGUAAAAAAGGCAAAGAGCUGAGCACAGAGCGAGAUUUCUUCAUGAGGAUGAAAUGCACGGUGACCAACAGAGGACGCACCGUCAACCUCAAGUCAGCCAGCUGGAAGGUGAUUCACUGCACUGGACACCUGAAGAUGUACAACAACUGCCCUCCACGAGUGCUGUGCGGCUUCAAAGAGCCUCCGCUCACAUGCGCUGUCCUGAUGUGCGAACCGAUCCCACACCCGUCCAACAUCGACACGCCGUUGGACAGCAAGACCUUCCUGAGCAGGCACAGCAUGGACAUGAAAUUCACCUACUGCGACGAGAGGGUAACAGAGUUGAUGGGUUACACUCCUGAGGAUCUGCUGGGCCGUUCUAUCUACGACUUCUACCACGCCCUGGACUCGGACAGCGUCACCAAGAGUCAUCACAACUUGUGUACCAAGGGUCAGGCUGUGAGCGGUCAGUAUCGUAUGCUGGCUAAGAACGGGGGUUACAUCUGGGUAGAAACCCAGGGGACUGUCAUUUAUAACAGCCGCAACUCUCAGCCACAGUGCAUCGUGUGCAUCAACUAUGUCCUCAGCGAUAUCGAGGAGAAGUCGAUGAUUUUGUCCUUGGAGCAGACUGAGUCCCUGUUCAAGCCGCGGCACAUGAGCAGCUUCUUCAGCCCCGGAGCGGCCGUGAGCGGAGAGCCUGGAGAUGCCCUCUUCACUAAAUUCAAAGAGGAGCCAGAGGACCUCGCUCAGCUGGCUCCAACACCUGGAGACACGAUAAUUUCCCUCGACUUCAGUCGCGUUCAGUAUGAAGAGCCCCGGCAGCCAGCAUACUCCCAGGUGUCUGCUUCAGCCAUGGCCCCUCCUGGACCGCUGUCCUGGGCCAGUGAGAGCCACAAGUCUGCCUCUACUGCCUCAGGCAAAAGCCCAGCUCAGGCUCCAGGGGACGUGGGUAAAAUGGUUGGUGCGUUCACCGUGCAGCAGAAUCCGCCACCGGGCAGCGCCACUCCGAGCCUCAGCAGCUGCUCCACGCCCAGCAGCCCAGACGAUUACUACAGCUCAGUGGAGAGUGACCUGAGGGUGGAGCUCACUGAGAAGCUGUUUGCUUUGGACACAGAGGGAAAGAGCUCUGCAAACACUGAGAGGGACUUGAGUGAUUUGGACCUGGAGACUUUGGCUCCUUACAUCCCUAUGGAUGGAGAGGACUUCCAGCUCAAUCCCAUCGUCCCCGAGUCAGAGCCCCUGGAGGGGGCAGCAGGAUCCAUGGGGAGCCUGCCCCAAAAUAACCAGACCGCCCAGCAGAGCUUUAGCAAUGUGGCCAGCCUCUUCCAGCCCCUGUCUGCCUCUUCCCAGUCCCAAGGCCACUACCAGCGCUCGACGUCUGCAUCCUGGGCUGGAGGGGAAAAGACAGUCCCCAGCCAGGGGAAUGCAGACCCCCAUGGAAGGUCAUACAUGAUGGGGCAUGUAAACAACCCCCCUUACCGGGCCCCAGCCACCAUCCCUCUGUCCUCCAUGGGUGGUGGUCAGAAGUUGCAGUGGCCACCGGACCCGCUGUUAACUUACCAACAGCAACCACGGCCCACCAAGACCUAUCUGUUGGACACAAUGUUAGAAGAGCGGCCAUCCUGCCAGCAGAACAUGCCACAUGUCAUGCAGAAACAGAGGUCCAUUGACAACUUUGUACAAGCUUACAGAAACAUGAGUCCAGCCCGAGUGGCCAUGGCCAACAGUCUGAAGCGCUCCUUCAGCCAGAUGGCUGUGGGUGAAAGUAAGCCACCGGAGUUCUUAUGGAAGAAGAUAAGGAGUGACAGCUGUAUGGAUCGCUCCCUCUGUGCAGGAUCACUGGCAGAAACGGAGAUGGCGAGUAUGAUGCCAGGGAACAUGGCUCCGUGUCUCAACUCGCUGCAACAACACAGGAAGUCACUGUACGCAGGAAAUGGGAUAAGUGGUGGAAAUGAAAAAGGCUUUCCCCAAAAGAGCUGUGACUACAGAGAGUAUAACAUGCUGCCUUCUAACAAGACUGAGGGUAUAGCCAGUCGUUUGCUGGGCCCUUCAUUUGAGUCCUCCUUUUUGCCGGAGUUGACCCGCUACGACUGCGAGGUCAAUGUCCCGCUGCAGGGCAACCUGCACCUCCUCCAGGGCUGUGACCUGCUGAGAGCCCUGGACCAGGCCACCUAGAGCCCCAGAUUCAAACACCGACAUAAGCCUGGACUUACUCUCUGCCCUGAGCCUCGACCUGCAGCCCGAGACUUAAGCCUUUCUUUACCUUUGUACCUCUAGGCCUUCUAAGAGCCCUGAAGCUCAGCUAGCUAGAGAGAGAAUGGUAUUAAUAACCACAUCCUGCCUUAUUUAGCCCCACACUCUAUUCCCCAUCCCUUUUUUAAGUUCUCUGCUUAGACGAAGCUGAGUUAUCAGGGUCAAGCCACUUACACCCCUUUUCCCCACCAAGCUCUUGACUCAUAUCAGAUGCAGGUUGACCAUCAUUGAGCCAAACAUCAAAUGACCAAUGCGUGUAAGAUGGGUCACUGGUCAAAAAAAAAAGGUCAAUGCUGGACAUUUAAUACAGGACAAAGCUCACACCAUCAUUUUAAUUAUUUAAGAGUCUUGACACUGGGAUGUCACCGGGUUUGGUGUAGGUGCCUCUCACAAACUGGCAGCGCUGCAUUUGGAAACACAUCCUGAACUCAGCUCUUUGGUGUAAAAAGGGGUGUUAGUGGUGUGGAAUUAAAACCUGCCUCAAAGGCCAGCUCUGCCCAAACAUCUACAGCCACGCCACCCUGACUACCAGCUGAUUUCCCGCUAAGGUUUAGCAAAGUGGGAAUCCCUGGGCAGUGGGUCUCUGUCUCAGACUUACGAUAUGGACUCUAUGCAGCUCAGAUCCUGGCCCUACUUCUCUCCUGGCUAAACCAUUUGGCUCAGAAGAGAUGAUAUUAUACUACCUACACAUGAACAGAGACGCUGUCUUCUUUCACUUUGCAUAUUUUACCAGCAACUAGUAGAUACAGCCCUCUGUUCUAGCUCCAGUUAAAGCUUCAAGCAAGAGUUGGGUAUCAUGACCUGUUGUGGCUUGUAGUCAUUUUAAAGAUUCUUAAGCAUGUUACUAUCCACCAUUGUAUUCUGGCUUUAGACACCCAAAGAUGACUUUUUAAUCACAGGGGUGCCACAUGCUGGAUUAGAGCACUUUACAGUAUGGCCAAAUGUAAUAACUGUGCCAAUAUUAUCAGUACUAAUUAAAAAUUUUUUCCCCUUUAUGCGAGACUUGUGAUUACUUAAAAUACACUAAACUUUAAGCAUUUUCAUCUUUAAAGAAGUAAAGAUUGCUUUAUUUGAAAGGCUAUGAUGAGACUCAGAAACAAGAAGCAGUAAAAAUGAUACCCAGCCUUGCUCAGGCUUUGUCCCCCCCCCCCACAUAUUCACAUUCAUCAGCCUGCCUCUUCCACUGCAUCAGUCACUGUAGCGUUCUCUGCUGCUUUAGUGCACAAUCUGGUAGCAUUAGAUCUGUAUGAUUCAAUUUCAAUGACAUAUCAUUAUUGUAAUUAAUCUUCUGUUACUGAAUUGAGAAAUUCAAGCUUUUAUAAAAUUCCUCCAGAUUAUUCAGUCCAAAUCAACAGGACAUCUUACCAAUCAACACUGCUUUAGUUCAACCUACCAGAUCCUCUUAUUUUGUCUCUCUGACACUGUAAUAAACAUUACAACACAUGUAUCGACUGUAAGCUGAACAUUCAGUUUUUCUGUCUUCUUAAAUCUGUCUUUCAUUUGUCUAAAUACGUUUUCCCUUCACUCUUGUCUCUCAGUCAGGUAAGGAGCGUGUGUGUGUGUGUGUGUGUGUGUGUGUGUGUGGAUACAGGGUUAUUUUCUUAUAGUGCAAUUAUUUCAUUGAGCUAAAACUUAGAUUGUCAGUAACAAAGCUAGUUCUUAUGUACAUAAUCAAUAGCUUGCACAAAGGAAUGUGAUUAGCACACACUGUAGUGUUCAUAUGAUUAUAUAUUAUCAGCUUACACACACACACAUACAUACAUUUUAUGCAACACAGGAAACUGUAAAGAGCAACCAGUGGUGUGCACAGGCUACUAGGGGACCGGGGACAGGCUGAAAAAGAGGGGCACCUAAGGUUUCAUUGUUGCCCAGUACCUGCACUUAGGGAGGAUUUAAGGAAAAGUUUGCAUGUUCGGUUGAAUUUUGUCAUGGCACAGUUUUAUAUGUAUUUUCGGACAGCUACUGGUUAGAAUUAGUUUUAUGUACAGUACAAAACAAAAAUUAUGAGUAGACUUCUAGACUGACUUAUUGAGCUGUACAAUCGUUAUAGGAAACUUGGCUUGAAGUGAUAGAAACAGUGGUUUGCAGAAUGUUUAAGAGAACAGUCAGGCUGUUAAGUAUGUGAGAUUUGUCACUGGUAUGCUCGUUUAAGCCAAUUGAAGGGCAUUUAAGCCCAACACAGGGGGCACUUGGGCUAAUCACAAGUGCCGUGGGAGGGAUCAAAAAGGCAUUUUAGCUGAUCAGGUGGGCACUUGAGCCGUCUAGACGGGCAGUUGAGGGGUGUUUUUUGGGGUCCAGUAGAGUCGAAAUGGCGCUCAACUUAAGCCGCGGCUCUGGUAACCUCUGUUGCCCCUCAGUGUUUUAUUAGGGGAAAAGGUCAGCCCCCCCAAACAUCCUGCGCACACCACUGCACAUACCACACAGGGUAAAGUCAGCAGCAUUGGCAUGAUCAGUUAAGUCAUUCAGACAAUACACAUGUACAUGGCAGCAGCCGUGGUUUCCAUGCAGUACAGCAGCCUGUGACAUGACUUGGAAGUGGAGUUUAUCUUAAAGAUUAGGACAAGGCCAGUUUCUCUUAACUCACAAAUCCCAAGCGGCUGCCAGUUACAGAAAGCUUUGGUUAUUACUUGCCAUAAGAGCAGAUUUUCAAACUAAUUUCUCACCCAAAUGAUGUCAGUAACAUUGUCAGUAUGCCUUCACUGAAACAGUUUCUCUUUUCUUUCCUCUCAAAGUAUUUUCUUAAUCUCAGUCUAUUUUUUUGAGGUAACUGUCUUUGUGUGGUGACCACUUUGAGCUUUGUACACAUAUAUGUUAUGUAUUUAAAAACAGAACUAAUGUUGAAGAUAGUGUUUUUCGUGUUUGUGUCCUGGUACUUUGUCCUUACCUUACCCCAAUAGAUGCAGUUAGAGCCAAUCCCUCACAGUGCUGUUUCUUCUCAUGCUGUUUCUGUGUUGUGGUGGCUUUUUGUUUUUUUUCUAUCCUAAAAUAUCAAUUGAAUCUGUUGGCUGGCCAGUACUGUUGUUGUUCUUGCUUUAAAAAUAACAGGGGAAAAAAAAAAGUUCAGAUUAUUAAAAAAAAAAAAAAAGAAAAAAGAGGUAAAUAUCAGUUUCACUUUUCAGAUAUGUAGCAUUUUGAAUAUUGUAAGGAAGGUGAAGUUGCCACAUUGUUAAUCAUAGUUUUCCAGUUGCAUAUAUAAAAGCAAAAGGUGCUUCAUAGACCUUGUAUCAUUGUGUCAUUUGUAGAACAUUUAUUACAUCUCUUGGAUCCACUAACACUGUAUUUUGAUGUUCUCUGCCUGAUGAUGUGCUCAACUUUUCUUGAAAGCUCAGUUUAAUCAUUAUGAUGUGCCUUAUGACUUUAUGGUUAUCUCAACAUACUGAGGUCACCCUUCAAGUGCACAGUUUGUUCCUUUAGAUCUGUAGAUGGCAUCCUGUAGCUCUGAGGGGGAUUAUUAUCAGAUCCUAUCUUAACUUGACAUUGAAAUAUUAUGUCACUUAACAGCCAACUGGUGGAUACUGAUCUGAGAAUAAAAUAGAAAUAUACCAGUUUUAUUGAUUUUUAUAGGUCAAUAAAAUUGAUCAUAUUUGGAAAAUGUUCAAAAACUGAGGUGCAGUCACAGUUGGGAUGAUUUUGUCGAUAACUCCUCAGAUUUCCUUCAUAGCUUUCUCUCUUAUUCCUUAAAUCUAUCUAAACACGGCUGCUGUGAUCUAUUUAGAACCUAAGAGAUCAGCAGUGAUGAGCCGGCCUCUUGGAUUGAAGUAGAACCCCAGUUAGAACCAACCCUUCAGAGGAUAAGUUAAACUUUGCAAGGCUUUUGAGGUUCUCCAGCUCAUCAAAUAACCUGUUUGCUAAUGAAGCUGCUUGUGGGGGUUUUUAGGAUUAAUUGGAGGAGAGAAAAAAAAUGAUUUGACUGCAAAGUUAAAACCAUAAGAGUUUUCUGCACUGGGUGGUGCAAAAGGUGUCUGUUACAAGCUUAAUUUUGUGAAAUAUCAAAAAGAUUGGAAAUUUUAGGAAAAAUGUGCCAAAAAAUCUAAGGAAAGUGAUAGACCUGAUAAUUAGUUAAUUUUUCUGUAGGAAUCACACAAUGAAUCACAAUGAAUAUUUGCAAUUACCUCUAAAUUCACUACCUCUAAAUUUCCCCUACUUAAUCCCCCAUAAUUAGACUAUUUCUUGUUAAAAUACAUGAUUUUUCAAAACCUCAAAUAAUGAGAUCUCUUUACAAAAUGUCUCAUAAGUGUUAAAUUUCCCCAGAAAUCUCUCUUCACAUGAGAACAUGUUUCUUGUCUCAGAAGACAGAAACAAAGCAAACCAGGGUGAAGACGGGCGUAACUUUACCUGCACCCGUCUCAUUUUAAAAUACAUCAUUCAUAGGGUUCAGAUUGUAAAACAGUGCCAGCAGUCUACCAAACCUGCCAGGAGGAAGAGUUAUAAUACUAAAAUCACAACCAAAAAUCCUAUUGACUUUUUUCCUCCAGCACUAAGAAAUAAACACUUUAAAAGUGAGAAUUUCUGUAUAAAUUGCUUCUGUGUUCAGUUGAAGGAGAAAUGAAGAGACUUCCUGCUCAGCCUGCCCCGUGCUGCAUAUUUCUCCACUUGAUAAAUCGCUUCUUUGUUUCUCCUCUCCGCUCCCACUCACUUCACUUUCUUUUACCAAAACGUAAUAAUUCCAACCCUAGACAAGAGGCCAUUUAUACGAUUGUUCAAAUUGGAGGUUUUUCGUUCUUUAAAUAAAUUUAAAAAAAAAGCCUGCCAUGCAAUGCUAAUAGUGUUUAUAGGAUAAUGUAUAGUAUUGGAAAACUCUAAAAUUAUAAUAUUGGUUUCCAGAAAAGCACCUUACAGCAUGUUUAAGGCAUGUUAUUAAAUACGUAUUUUUAUUGCAAGUUUUAAGUGCAAUAUGAAACUAGUAAAGAGUCCCAGUGCUAAGUUCAAUUUUAGAAACCAAAGAUAGAUUCAGUAUGAGGAAAUAUGCACAGUGGUGGAAAAAAACAGCACCUCAGAUGGGUUUCUAAUAACCGUAUCAGAAAAUAAAUAAAUAUUGGUAGUGUAUGUGUAAAAUGUUGGCUACGUGGAAGUUGAUUUAAAAAUAAAAAUGUAGACAGAAGAGAAGUCCUGCCUUCAUUUUAAGCUAGCUUCUAUUCAACUGCCUCUGGCCAGAAAAUGUAAAAGAAUGAUGAUCUAGCGUUCAGCAGCUACACUGAAGCUUACCAUUUAAAAAAAAAAAAAAAUUAAAAAAAUUAAAAUGUUGAAAUAAAACAAGAUCUAAGAUGUGUUGCCAACUCAGACAGGGGGGAAAACAAACAAAAAAACCCUUCCCCAAAGAAAUCUGACAGAUGUGAGUGCUAGUGAUGCUAAAACCCAAAAUAGGCAGGACUUUAGCCGUGCAUUUUAACUCUAGAAGGCUCGUCACCAGUGUGCAACAUACUGUGCUGCUUGAAGGGUAAAGCGACAAAUCAUUCAGGAGUUAAUCCGCUCACUCAUUGCGCUUCCUCUUUAAAAAGAUAUCAGCAUUUUCUUUGUCUUGUGUAACAGGGUAUUUGUUGUUCCUUAUGGGAUCCACGUUAAGCUACUUGUAUUCUGUUUUUGUCAAUGUCAUACAAUACCAUUCUGAUUUUUUUUUUUUAAUAUGCUUAAAAUUCAUAUUGAUCUUAUAUAUUAUCAUUGUUAUUACAAUAUGGGGAACUUAACCCAAUAAGAAGUUUGUGUUUCUGCACUGAUAUCUUAUUAAAGCAUAUGGAUCUUACCAUCAUUCAUCACCUUAA